CGCCUUCUCUCGACCACUCGGGCCUCCAAGCUUCUCUAUCCAUCUGCAGUGUCUUUCAGACAACGUCCUUUCAGCACUACCUAUCAAGCAAAGAUGCCGAGAACAGCAGAGACCGCCAGUUUCAAGUUCAAUCACACGAUGAUUCGUGUCAAGGACCCGAAGAAAUCUCUUGCAUUCUACCAAGACGUCAUCGGAAUGGAUCUUAUCUCCCAGAAGGAAAUGAGUGACUUCACCCUCUACUUUCUCGCAUUCGACCACGAUGGGAUAAGUCAAAAGAGUCCCGAAGAACGGGACAAGCUUCGUUUUAAUCGCGAAGGCGUCCUUGAGCUGACACACAAUCACGGCACCGAGUCCGACCCAAACUUUGCAGGCUACGCUAGUGGUAACACCGAGCCCGGUAAAGGCUUUGGUCACAUCGCCAUCACAGUCGAUGACAUCGAGGCUGCCUGCGCACGGUUUGAGGAGCUCGGCGUUCCGUUCAAGAAGCGUCUGACAGAUGGAAGAAUGAAGAACAUUGCUUUCAUCUUGGAUCCUGAUGGCUACUGGAUCGAAGUCGUCCCUGGAGCUAUAAAGCUGUGACUCCCAGAGGGAUCCCGUUUAUAACAGUAAAACUAUGACUGCGCUUGUACCCAACCCGACGUUGUAUUAUGUUUUCAUCAGUCAAUAGUGUAUAUAUGCGUAGC